UCUAACUCUCAUAAAUAUUAAUUGGGGCAACACCUAAUUAGCUAUCUUUCAUCAGUUUUUGCACUUUCUUGGAUCAACAACAAUGGCACAAGCUACUGCAGUGAAGAGAAGAAUAGAAAUUGGACCGUGGGGUGGUCAUGGAGGCAGUGCUUGGGACGAUGGUAGCCACGAUGGAAUAAGGGAGAUAAGCCUCGUCUAUGGCCGUUGUAUAGACUCCAUAAGGGUAGUUUACGACAGAAAUGGCAGGCCUUUUACUGCAGAAAAGCAAGGAGGAAAUGGUGGUGACAAAACCGGGGAGGUAAAGCUACAAUUCCCAGAGGAAUACCUAACCAGUAUCAGUGGCUACUAUGGACCACAGCGUGGCAGCCUUGUGAUACGAUCGCUCACCUUUAAAAGCAACCAGAGGACGUUUGGGCCAUUCGGGUUGGAAGAAGGAACUCCCUUUUCACUGCCUAUGGAAGGCGGUAAGAUUGUCGGGUUCAAGGGGAGAAGCGGGUGGUAUGUCGACUCAAUUGGCUGCUAUAUAGCUCGAAUCCAGACGCCUAACGCCUAUCAAAAGGUUCAAAAAACACUCAAGAAACUCACCAGCACUGUGGCUGGAGACCAGAACAGGCACAAGAGUUCUAAAGCUGCUGCACCAUAACUUUGAUUGUGUAUCAAUUAAGAGUGUGUUAUAGUAAAGUAUAUGAAUCUAAAUAGUCUAUACAUAUAUAUAUAUGUAUCCUAUCUUGCCAGUUUGAAGUUUGAA